AUGUCGCUAUUUGUUUUUGUCUCUCUACAUUUCCAGUGUGCCCGGCAUCAACCACUGGACUCUACUGUAACCAGACAUGCCCACAGAACUGUCUCAACGGCGUUUGCAACCACUACACGGCACGAUGUGAAGCAUGCGCUAACGAUUGGUGGGGUGCAAGGAAACUGCAAGGGAGACAAGUGCAACCAAGACAACGGCGCGUGUGCAAGCGGAUGUGACGACGGGUAUUACUCAUUGACCUGUACAACGCCGUGCAUGUACUCCGGUUGUCAAGCGUGUGAUAACCUCGGGGAGUUUGUCUCCUCGGUCGGACGCGUGUACUGCGCAAGGGAUGAUGGAGUCUGUAGUGAAGGCCAGUGCGUCCCUGGUUACUUCAGAUCAACAUGCACGGAGCGAUGCAAUGGCAACUGCGGUAUAAACACCCUGGCUAUACGUUCGUGUUAUAUCGACACCGGACGUUGCACAGAGGAAUGCGAGCAGACCUGGUUCGGACCGAGCUGCGACAUCAGUUGUCCAGUGAACUGCGUCAAUCAGAAUUGUUACAGGAAAGGAGAGUGUCGCCAAGGGUGCAUGGCCGGCUAUUGGGGCCCCCAAGUGCGAGCUGACAUGCGCAGUAACAUGUAA